AUGGCAACGACCGCUGCGUCGACCUCGACGAGCCAGAUCGAAUUGACUCCCACAUCUCCUCGGCUCGAACGCGGAGAUCGUGGCGCGUGCGGUGACGUGGCGUCGGUGCAAGGAAAUGAGCUGCGCGCGCGCUUCUUUGCUGACCGUCCGCGACGUACACUGGUGAGCAAUGCCAACUGCGAAGCGUUCGUCACGUUCCUUUGGCAGCGAAAACAACUCUAG